AUGGGAGAUUAUUCCUUUAAUGAUACAAGUUCCAAUCAAAGUUAUGGCGAAGUUAAUCAAUUGGGCGGCGUCUUUGUUAACGGACGACCCUUACCUACGCCAAUUCGUUUACGAAUUGUUGAAAUGGCCAAUUUAGGAGUACGUCCAUGCGAUAUAAGUCGUCGACUUAAAGUUUCACAUGGAUGUGUCAGCAAAAUUUUGGCACGUUACCAUGAAACAGGUUCUGUAUUACCUGGUGCUAUUGGUGGGAGUAAGCCACGUGUAACGACGCCACGGGUUGUCGGUCGUAUACGUGACUAUAAAGUCAAAGAUCCGGGAAUGUUCGCAUGGGAAAUUCGUGAAAAAUUACUAUUGGACAAUGUAUGCGACAAAUUCAAUGUUCCAUCGGUCUCAUCUAUUUCACGUAUUUUACGCAACAAAAUCGGCCCCUUAUCUCAACCAAGCAGUGGAAGUGGUGGAGGUGGAAGUAGUGAACAUAGCAAUUCCAAUUCUCCACCACUGGUUCCAUCAUCAUCCUCAUUCAUAUCAAAUACAGUAUCAUCUGUUACACCACCCUCAUCAGCAACAUUAAUGACUAAGCAUGAUCUUUCGCCCAUUAAUACUCCAUCAGCAGUCUCAUCGUCAGGUUCAAUAUGCAAAAUCGAGCCACCGACAUGGUCACCUUAUGACCAAUCAACAUCAUCGUCAGCAGCAGCAGCAGCGGCGGCGCAUCAUCAUCGUUAUCUUUAUCCAACUGUUGCUUAUCAUCCAACAUUUCAACAUCAAUUUGAAUCAGCGAUGAAAUCACCCUAUGCCAAUGGAAAUCAUCUUACAUCAAGCCCAUCAAAUAAUGGCGAUAUUUCAAGUGCAUUUACACAUGCUCAUCCCUAUCAUCAUCAGCACCAUCAUCAUCACCAUCACUCGAACACAACUGUUAACAAUACAAACAAUUAUACAUCAUUUUUUAAUGCUUUCCCCUAUACACAAGCAAGUAAUUUUGCAGUUACAACACCAUAUUACCCAUCUUCGUACGGCUUACCAUUGACACCACAGGCUUCUUAA